AUGGCUACCUCCUCGCACGAUACCAUCUUGAACUCGACCAUCUCAGAAGAAACAUGGGUUCUUCAAACCCGUCAAAAGCUCAAAAAUGCGACCCCAUUCGACGAAAACACACCGAUCUCUGUUUGCCAUGUGCCCAAGUUCAUAAGCGUUAUAAACCCUCAAGCUUAUGCUCCUCAGGUGAUAGCUUUAGGGCCGUAUCAUUACUUACGUCCCGAGCUCUGUCACAUGGACAGAUACAAAAUCGAAACGAUCAAAUGGUAUUGGACAUCUCAUCAAAUCGGUCUCGUGGUAGAAAAGCUCCAAGAAAUCGGGUCAAAGGUGCGAGCUUGUUAUCACAAGUACCUCGAUGUGGAAGAUGAUACUCUAGCCCUGAUGCUUGCCAUUGAUGGGUUGUUUCUUAUUUACCUUUUAAGUAAACAUCUGAAUCGUUUUACUGAUGAUGCUAGUGUUUUUAGAGAUGUUAUGAUGCUCGAGAAUCAAAUCCCAAUAAUCGUUUUAAAGGAGAUCGAAAACACCAUCGGCUCCAACGAUGCUGCAUUGUUCUCUAUGAUGCAGGUGUUUUGCGAAUCUCAGUCGCCAUUUGUAUUGAGCUCAGAUUACCAGCAAGUUUUGCAAGAAUCUGAAGUUCUUCACUUGUUGGAUCUUUUGCAUGAAAUGAUCACCAUGCAUGAAAUCAUUAAGCAGCCUGCUUCAGCUCCUCAAGAAGUUACAGAAGUAUCACGACAAGAAUCACUAGUUUUGAAAGUCGAUCCUGAUAAAGAUAAGCUUAUUCAAGAUUCUAUCGAUAUCUUAACAAGUGCAGCUGCAAGUUCUAUCAAGCCAAUCAAACAGCUUACAAGCUUACCAUGGCGCAAGAUCUCAAAUCUACUCAGCCACGGUUCCGGCCUAAAAGAAGUUGCCUCCAAGAAUCCAUUGGUUCAAGAAAUCGACAUUCCAUCUGUAUCAAAACUCUCCAAACUGGCCGGAAUCAAGUUUCAGCCGGAGACCGGAGGAAACCUGCAAAUCCAUUUAGAUUCUCCGACCGCCACCCUCUACAUGCCGGUGAUUACCCUGAACGGCAACUCAGAAGUCAUAUUGAGAAAUCUAGUGGCCUACGAAAUGGCGAGUAGAAACAGCACCUCUGGGUACCAUAAUCUUAUACUUGCUCAAUAUGUCGAUCUCAUGAGUGGCAUGAUUGACACAAAGGAAGAUGCAAGUUUGCUGCAACGUGCUGGAAUCAUUAAAGGGGAUUUGUCGAAUUCACAGGUUGCAGAUUUGUUUAAUGGGAUGAAUAAAUCGUCACAGAAAGUUUAUAACGAAACUGCUGCUAAGAUCAAUGCAUAUUAUUGGCAGAAACCGAAGGUGAAGGUAUAUAGGUUUGUGAAGAAAUAUGUGUACGAGUCGUGGAGAGUGCUAACUGUUGUUUUCACGUUGGUGCUGCUGUUCCUGAUGAUUUUGCAGUCGGUUUGUGAUGUUUAUGAUUGCAAACGAGUUGUCAAAUGGUAGAUUAUAGUUAAGUCGUUCGUUGUUUAAUUUGAUUAUUAAGCUGUAUGUAUUGAUUAAGCUG